ACUCCAAUGUCCACAAAUAGACAAGGUCAGGGUGAGAAAAAAUUUUUGAAAGCACUCCUUCCUGAACUAGAAUCACUCAUCCCUCUGAAUUCUAAUUUUCAAUGUAAAAAAACACACAAACCUGUGUAAAGAUGUUUUGAUCAUUAAUUUGAACUGCAGUUUUGUGAACAUUUCAUAAAAAAAAACAAGUCAGUAUAUCGUUCGCUUUGCCAUGGCCAAACAGGAACUAACAAGUCGGUUCUAAUCAUUAAAACUUUUUUCCGGACUUUGUUUUAAAUAAAGUUUAAUCAUGUAUUCGCCUGUGAUACUUUUUAAUAUCAGGUAUGAGAAUACACUAAAACGAGAUUUGAAAGUGUUCAGAAGCGUGACUCGCUUGUGUUCAAUUUAAAUAUUGUCAUUCUGAGUGCCGUCAAAAAUUGUCGUAAUUGAUAUGAUACCGAGUCCAUAUUUAUUACUCUCAUUUACUUGUAUUAGUCUCGCCCUUCUUGAUCACAUAAACGCAUCAGUAUCACGUGGACACUUCUGCAGAUCAAUCGCAAAGAGAGGGCUCACUGCUCCAUGGAACUUACUUUAAGUAUGAUUUAAUCCUAAUUUUUUAAUUCUAAAGACAAUAUCUAUAAACAUGAUUUAUUAAUCAUUUUCUUUUGAAAUUUACUCGUCACCAGGGACGAGUGCACGACGACAUUCACGAGUUCUUUCGCACCAUGAAUGUAGAGCCAAAACAGAGAUUAAUAGUUUAUGAGGCUUUGCUGACUUCUCUACCCAAGGGUAGAAUAUCAAUAUCCAACUGGAUAUUAUCUGGUAAGAACAGAAUAAAAUAAAGGACAUUGUUGCAUAAGUAUACCUCAGAUCUAAAAAAAAAACUAGCAAGAUCUUUAGGGGAACCAAUUGGGGGAAAUAGGUUCAAAUCUUUAUUUCACCUUUUCAGUAAUGCAGAAUUUCAGUCCAGUUUUGUAUAAAGAAUCCUUGGCCCUAGUCAAAACUUAUAGACUUAAAACAUAGCAGAAUCUACCUGUCUAUUUGGCCUUUAUUUGUCUGAUAGAGAUCACCAUGUUUUGUCACAAAACUAUAGGGUAUAUUAAUAAAAUCUAUAACUGAUUGUGCUAUAUGAAUAUAACCCGAAGGAAUGGCUUCACGAUGGAGUUGGUUACCUGAUCCAACACUCAAAGAUUGUUGUAUAUAAAUAUAACAGUGUGUAGCGAUAUCAUUUAUAAUGUUAUCCGUCAUUUGGUACAUGUUUUCUAUUGGUUAUUAAAAGGAUGAAAAACACCAUGACAAUAAGUCUGGAAUUAAGAAACAGAAAUUAUACAGUAAUAGAUUUAUAAUAAUCCAACAUGCAUCAGUAAUGACUAUUAAAUAAGAUGGGGAUUUCCAUUGUUAAACCUCCUUUAAACCUGAUUGGAGUUCAGUUACAACGGAAUUUCUGAAAGUUUUGAAGAAUCAGCAAAAGGAUUAAUACCAGGAAAACAACCAGGGAGACUGUACCCCAGGGAAACAUACCCGCAGGAUGUCCACACACAAAACAAUACAGAGCAAGAGAAAUAAGGCAAUGACGACUAUUAGAGAUGCAUCACUGAAGAGGCAACUGAAACUAGAGUUCAAAACUAAUGGAGAAUUAUCUUUGGAGAAAAGGGAGAGUACUCCAAAUCAGGACAUUGUAAAGGUCACACCUCCUCCGUCUAAGACUGUACAAGCUCCUGAUAUUUCCACCACGGAUAUCUACUUUGAUUUGGAGACAACCGGUUUAGGAAGAACCUCUAGUAUUACCCAAAUGGCUGCUGUGAGAGGGAAGGAUCAAUUCUCCUGUUUUGUUAUGCCAAAAAAACGGAUCACACGAGAGGCUUCGCAGGUUACAGGGAUCAGGGUAUUCAGGAAGAAAAUGUACCGCUAUGGAAAGUUUGUAAAAGCAGUAUCUAUAAGCGACGCCUUUAAACAGUUAUAUGGAUUCUUGAGUAAGACACAAAAUAACAUUUUGGUUGGACAUAACAUCCAGACUUAUGACUGUCCGAUACUCAUGCAUGCUCUAUCUUUAUGUGACAAGGACAUUACAGAACAGUUCAUGUCUCAUGUCCAGGGAUUUGUGGAUACGAAAAAACUAUUCCGGAUCAUUCAUCCAUCUCAAAAAUCAUACACACAAGAGUCACUUGUAGAAAGUCUACUGGGUGAGAAAUACAGGGCCCAUGAUGCACUUCAAGAUGUUGUGGCUCUUCAAAAGCUUGUCCGGUCUGUUGACAUUGACCAGGAGGCUCGACUGAAGGCUUCCUUCUCUGUAGAGGACGUGAUGGAUUCGUACACAUACUCAUUACAAGUUAAGGAGAACUUGCCAAGCCUAGAGACAAUGGUCAAUAAAAAAGUCAUUUCGACGAACGUAGCCAAAAGUAUCGCUGGUAGUGGUUUAUCUUAUAACCACUUACAAACAGAACAUAGCAAUAAAGGAAGAGAGGGGAUUGAAAGUGUGUUCACUGCCACCAAGGGCGGGGACAGAGUAUGUGUGACUAGAUCUAGGAAGAUCAUAGACUCGGUAUCAGACUUCCUGUCAGAACAUUCAACAUAGUCUUUUUAUAGUCUCUUAAUAUGGUAAGGUGACACGGUAAAGUGUUUCUUUGUUGUUCAUCAGUGUCAUCAUACAGGAACGCCCGAUACUUAUUCAUAAUUGUCAGUUAUAGUGAUGGUUUGUACAAAUUGGCUGAAUAACUUUAGAUAAAAUUUGGUUCACAUGAGCUAAAUAAUGUCGGUACUAGUUUAUGCACUAUUUACUGAAAUGUUUCACUAUAUUGUAAGUGCUAAAAAAAAUCAGUCAGUCAUAAACGUCAACUAGGUAACUCAUAUUAUUUCAUAUAUUUGUUUACAUUUUCAUGAAAGGAUAUGAGAAUGGCAUACAGAAACAGAUCAAAUUUAUAGACUAAUACAUGAUUACGUUGUUUGUAAUAUUUCAUUAUCAUUAGUGCUUUGUGUACCAUUUACAUACAUGUAAAUGUAUUCAUUUUUGCAUUGAUAGACACUUAUUUUCAGACACAUGUUGUCUAUAUAAUAUUGCACCAUACAAAAUUAUGAGGUAUCUUUCAAUGUAAUAUCACUAUUGUAACUGACUUUUCAGUCAUUAAGUUAAGUGGAAUAGAAGAAUUUGUACAUGUGAGAGAGGAAAUGAGAGAAAAUUUUACUUGUGAGAGAGAUGUUGUCAUUAUUAUGACAGUAUAAGAUGAUGAUUUUAUUAAAUUAAACCUUCAACAAACCUUAUCUCUGUUUAAAAGUAGUUGGGUUUUAAGCAUGUAGUGCUUGUUUUGUGAAGUAGAAGAAUUUCUAUAUGUGAGAGAGAAGAUGACAAGCUUUUUUGGUUUUAACAUUGUGAGAUGAUGAUUACAUUAAAUUAAACCUUCAAUAACAAAGUAUGUAUUAUGGUAGGUAGGUAUUAAACAUUUUGUGCUGUACAAUACAUUACCUGGUACUGUUCAAUAAGAUGGUGUUAUUGACUAAAUUUCUUCACAUAUGUACAUGUAUUUUCAUCAACCUGUAAAAAUAAAAUCUGUUCAGUUUGA